CAUAUGACAUGACAUAUAAUUCCACACACUAGAUCCCUGCCUUUUUAAAACAUAGACCUACGUCUUGCUCGGAUCGCUCUCAGUCUUUUACUAGGGUUUUCGUCGGGCGGCGGCUCUUAACCUGGAAAAAUGGUCAAGGGCAGGCAAGGCGAGCGCGUCAGACUCUAUGUUCGUGGAACAGUUCUUGGGUACAAAAGGUCGAAGUCGAACCAGUACCCAAACACCUCGCUGGUUCAGAUCGAGGGAGUGAACACGAAGGAAGAGGUAGCAUGGUAUUGCGGCAAGCGGAUGGCUUAUAUUUACAAGGCAAAGACUAAGAAGAAUGGUUCCCACUAUCGCUGCAUUUGGGGAAAAGUUGCUAGACCUCACGGUAAUAGCGGCGUUGUUCGUGCUAAGUUCAAAUCCAAUCUCCCUCCAAAAUCCAUGGGGGACAGAGUUAGGGUAUUCAUGUACCCCAGCAACAUAUGAGUGACAGUGUCUGCAGUAGAUGCUAGAAUGGCACUGUUAAGGUGUAUCUGUUGAACUUGGGAUUUAUUCUCACAAGAGCUAAGUUUCAAGGUUUUGAACUCGGGGGUUAUAGCAGCUAGCUGUUUUGGCUUCGCAUUUGUUAGUUAUUGUGGAUUUGGAACAACAAUGACAACUCCUAUUCUUAGUUUUGUGAUAUGAAAAUUUUGCUAUUAAGCUUCUACA